AUAUGACAGAUAUGUGAGUUGUCAUUUGGCUGGUUGACUUUUGAGGAAUUUGUGUUUUCUUAUUUGGGAUUCCCAACAUUUGUCAGCGUCGAUAGAAAUCGCGUGAUGUGACGAGGACAAGCCGCGCCGGCACCAGAUCUAUCGUCAAUUCCUCGUACACAUACACAGAUCGAAUCACGUCACGCCAGACCCGCAUCCAGUCCUACUCAGUUGCGGGCCGAGUAAUCCAAUUUGAAAAUUCCCCAUAGUUCUCAAGCGAAGAAAGCUCUGGCGAUGGUGAGACCGAGGGAACUGUACAAGGGCCAGUGCCUGAACGACUUGGAGCCUUUCUAUCAGCUUCCGAACCUCAAAAACAAUAAACUCGCCUCGUUGCUCAGCACAGCCCAGAAGGUCUACCGGAAGGCGGAGGAGUGCUACCUGGACGGUGAUGAGGAACUGAGUUAUAUCUAUUUCAUGCGCUACUUCAACUUAAUCGACUUCAUCCGCAAAAUGCCCGACUAUGCGUCGAACAAGCAGCAAGUGGCGAAGAGCCUGGGCCACCACAAGCAGCUUUCGGACGUGCUGGACAAGACAGAGGCCCUGUCCAACUCCUUGAAGAAACGCUACUCGGAGCUGUCGGAGAAGAACCAGUCAAUGCAGAACGAGGCCAAUGCGCAGAUGGUUGGGAACAAUCACGGCAACGGCGAGGAUAUGGAUGUUUCGAUGGAAGAGGAAACGGGCUUGUCAGCCACGGAGUUGUUCAAAGCCAUGAAAGAUCCGAAGACGAGUUUGCUCAUUAUGGACUGUCGCCCUAAGGCGGACUUUGCUAGUUCACGGCUAAACUAUCAGUACUGCAUCAACAUCCCCGCCGAGAUCAUUUUGCCGGGAAUGACCGCAGGGAAAAUUCAGCAGCAGCUUGAGGCCAGUUCGAAAGGACUCUGGUCCUCACGAAUGGUGAAAGACAAGAUCGUCCUGAUGGAUUGGAGUACGAAAACUGCGGUGCCUAUUCUUCACACUCCGAUAUGGCGAUUACGUGAUAUCCUGCAGAACUGGGAUCCAGACACAACGUACCGUUCGCCCAUCAAAUGCCUGAUUGGCGGCUACGAGAAUUUCAUCCUUAUGUACCCGAUGCAGUGCACCAAUCCGAAUGUGCAAGCACCCGUUGAUCUUGCCGCUGAUAGCAAUGUUCUGGAUGACAUUGAAUAUCCUUCGAUAAACGACAUUACCAUGAAGGACACUAACAAGUUCGAAUCGACUUCCGGUCAGCAUCCAAGCGGUGAUGUUUCCCGACCGACAAUUGAUCGUAAGAGCAAAGCGGCUGCCCUGAAAACUUACGACGAGAAGCAGAAGAUGCUAGACCUGCUGCAGGAGCAGGAGGCUUUAGUGGAGAAGGUUUUGGAAAACGAACGCAAGCGGCUAGAGGCGGAGAACGACUGGCAAAGUGUCUCCAAGCAAGUGAAGCAAAUGGACGGCACGGAUCAAAACGAAAUUCUAAAGUCGCGCGAGCAGGAACUCUUGUACAACAUUAUGCAGCUGGAGAGCAAGGAACGGGACUAUAAAUUGGAAAAUGAACUUCUUCUACAACAAGUGGAAGAGUACAAACGUCGGGAACGUGAGAUGAACAAAAUCGUGUCUGACACAGAAGCUGAGACUGUGAAAAAGACUGAGCAAAACAUCGAAGUUAAACUUAAGGAGGCGAAGCAGAUUGACGAGCAGCGCGAGAAAAUCACGCAGGAACGUGAGAAGCAAUUGGCGUUUGCGCGGGAACAGAAACGGCACCUGAAGCCACCGGCAGAGGAGGAAGAAAUAUCUAAGCCAAAGAUUCCACAAUUUGAUAGAUCAAUUAAGCCUCCUACGAAGGCAGAAACUAUUGAAGUCCCGAUCCAGAGAGAUUUCGCAGGGGUUUCUGGCGGAAUGGGUCGUGGACUAACCGGUUUGAAGAAUUUAGGUAAUACAUGCUACAUGAAUAGUAUCAUGCAGUGCUUGAGCAACACCACCGCCCUAGUCGAAUACUUUGUCACACAUUCCUACCGCAAACAUAUAAAUCGAUCGAACAAAACCCAGGGCCGGAUAGUCGAGGAAGUUGCGGCUCUAAUCAAAGUUCUUUGGAACGGUCAAUAUAAAUACAUAAGUAGCAAAGAUUUAAGGUACAUUGUCGGCCAAUAUCAGCAAAUAUUUCGUGGCAUCGAACAACAAGACUCACACGAAUUCCUAACAAUUCUUAUGGAUUGGCUACACUCGGAUUUGCAGACCUUGAAGAUAGCCGACUCACCACGCACUAACUUGCCUGCGUCGCAAAAGGCAUGGCUUGAGUUUACGAAAUCGCGAGAAAGUCUCAUUUUACGAUUAUUCUAUGGCCAGAUUAAAAGUACGGUCAAGUGCAUGCAAUGCAGCAAGGAGAGUGCAACGUACGAAUGCUUUUCGAAUCUAAGUUUAGAAUUGCCACAAAAUGCGAAUCGAUGUGAUUUAAGCGACUGCUUGGAUAUGUAUUUCAAUGGCGAGAAGAUACGCGGGUGGAACUGUCCUAGUUGUAAGGAUAAACGUGAUGCCAUUAAGAAAUUGGAUAUAUCCAAGUUGCCACCAAUUUUAGUGGUGCACUUUAAAAGGUUUUAUGCCGACUCCGACGGCCUGGGAAGUACGUACAAAAAGAAACAGAGUUUCGUCAACUUCCCGCUUAUCAACCUCAACAUGAACUCGUAUGUUGCCCGAUCCGAGUUGAGGACGGGCGGUAGUAAAAUGUACCACCUCUACGCUGUCUCGAAUCAUUACGGGUCCAUGGAAGGGGGUCACUACACUGCCUUCUGCAAAAGCAGUGUCUAUGGAAAGUGGUUCAAAUUCGACGACCAAUCGGUGUCUGCAAUCGAUAGUUCCGAGGUAGUCUCAAGUGCGGCUUACAUUCUGUUCUAUUCAUGCUUGCCGGAGGCGCCGCAGUCCGACGUUAUUUAGCUGUUGCGAAUUAGUCAGUUGCUGUUAGUUUUAAUGCUAGUUAAUAACACGAAGAUGCAAUUUGUUAGGAUUAAUUGGAUUGUUAGCAGCAGAUAAUCUCAAUUAUCUGCCGGAUUCUCCCUAUUAAAUCUAGUGUGUAAGUCAUAGAAAUUUAUUUUCGUUUAUUAUCGAUCCCUUUCUGAAUUUCACCGUCGUUUAACGACGAUACGCCAACAUGCAUAUUUAUCGCAUUCACAUAAAAUUUCUGUUUGCAUUUCUCAAUCGCUUUUCAAAUAUUUUAUUUAGUUUAACGUAAAAUUAUAAAAUGAACAAAGUCAAAAAAUGUGUGCAGAUGCAUAUAUAGAAUGCUUUAAGCUUGUGUUCGAGAUGAGAGUUGUUGAGGCUAUCAGAACUGCUUUGAGCGCGUGCUUGAGGGAAAGAGGUAGGAGAGGCAACUCGAACGAAAGGUGAUAUAAAAAGUUAAUAUUGUGACAUGAAUUAGAUGAAAACGGAAGCGAUCCGCCUAAUACAUUUCUACUUGUAUUAUAUAUUGAUGACAAAGUGUUGUAAUUUAAUAUUUUUAUAUUCAACGGAAGAUAUGUGUAAAAAAUUGAAAAA